AAACAAGAGCCAGGUAUUGUGCCGACCGGAUCGAAAUCUGCCGUUGAAACCUGCACUCGGCGUCUCUAUUGCGUUUCCGUGGUACUGCUCGAAUUUACGAGGUCAAAGUUCACGAGAGACGACUCGAAGGCAACGCAACGAUGUGAGAUACCAGCGGCCACGGGUUCAGGAUCGCGCGACCGGCACGAGGAGCCGCCCUCGAAUUCGAAGCCGUUCAUUUUUCUCUCUCUCUCUCUCUCUCUCUCUCUCUCUCUCUUUCUCUCUCGGUAUUCUCUGCGGCGGAAUCCAAAAUCGGGCCGCCGCUGACUCGACGGAAUUUCUCAUGACGCAUCUGCGCUUCGUCCUCGCGCCGAAAUUAUCGCCGAUGAGCCGCCGGAAGCUGUUCGUCCGCUCGAACGCGCUGCUGUUCGUCCUGGUGUUGGCAUUCGUCUUCCUGUGUGUGCGCUACUUGCCGGCCCGGGGAUGCUCGACGAACGAGUCUCCCGCGACGGAGGAUAAAAGCAAGUACAGACUGGUCGUGCUGAUUCUAAGCAGCCCGGACAACCUGGAGCGCCGGGACACCAUCCGCAAGACCUGGCUGGUGGAUCACAACGCCAUGGUGCGUCCCCUGUUCGUAGUCGGCACCCUGGACAUCCUGCCGGAGCAGAGGAACACCCUAUUGUCGGAGAGGGAUAAGUUCAACGACCUGUUGCUGCUACCCAGACUCCAGGACUCGUACGGCACGCUGACGAAGAAGGUGCUGCACGCGCUCAAGAGCACCUACGAGCACUACGACUUUGACUUCCUGCUGAAGUGCGACGACGACUCCUACGUGCUGGUACACAGGAUCCUGAAGGAGCUGGACAGGUGGGAGAGCAAGGGCACCAGGCGAGAGCUCUACUGGGGCUUCUUCAACGGCCGGGCGCAGGUGAAGAGGAGCGGCCCGUGGAAGGAGACCGACUGGAUCCUCUGCGAUUAUUACCUACCGUAUGCCUUAGGAGGCGGCUACAUCUUGUCCUACAAUCUCGUCAAGUUUAUCGCGAGCAACACGGAUAUCCUCAAGCUGCACAAUUCGGAGGACGUGUCCGUCGGUCUCUGGCUGGCACCGUUGGCGAACAUCGAGAGGAAGCACGACGUGCGCUUCGACACGGAGUACAGGUCGCGCGGCUGCUCCAACCAAUACAUUAUUACUCACAAGCAAACUAUACAGAACAUGAGGAGCAUGCACGAGUAUUACCAGGCCUCUGGGGCGUUGUGCUCGAAGGAAGUGAGGAACCGCAUGAGUUAUCAGUACAACUGGACCGCGCCGCCCAGCCAAUGCUGCAACAGACAGUCGGGCAUUCCCUGAAGCGCGUGGGCUUCGCGCUCUGUUCUAGUCCGGUCUUUUUUGAUACUCGUUCGAAUAUUCACACGUCGUUAUUUAUUCUGUAAGUUGUUUGUAAUCUCGCACGCGCUAGGCGUACCGCUAGUGAUUUAUUCGUACGUUUGUCGGAGAGUAGCUUUACAUUGAUGAGAUCGAAGACGCCACGAAGAACUCAUUCCAGAAACGCAUUCUGAAGUUUCGGACUGGCUACCGGAAAUUAAGGAUCGUGCGAACAAAGAGAGAGAGAGCCGGGAUCGAGAUUGGUCAAUUUGUCGAAUUGCAGUUUCUGUCCCGUGAUCCUCAAUUUCCAAGACAGGUAGUCUGAUACGGGCUUAAUUAGCGCUGUUGAGCGACAAGGAGCUGUAGAUGAUCGCUAAUUGAAAAACUCGUGACGUCCCUCCGAUAGUCGGGACGAUCGGCGAUUUUUAGACUUUAUUCGCGACUCGGGCAUUGUUAUACGAUACGGUACUAUUGCUAGCUGAUUGACAACGCUUGUAAAUAGAUUUUGUAAAUAUUUGGCGACGGAUAUACAGGUAGAUAUACUGGCAGGCUCGGGAUUUACGUUACCGUAAAUCAAAUAUAUAUAGAUAUAUUUUUUUCAAUCUCA